AUGGUUCGCGCUAUCCGCCCCCCUCGCCCUACCUACAUGAACUCCCAAGUCUCGGGGUUUUACUUCCGCCCGUGUCGCGACGAGAACGACGAGGUGAUUCUCGAGUAUUUCCGUUGCCGUUGCGGCACGGUCCGUUUUGUAUGGAAUUCAGGGUGCUGCACCCUGAAUUCCAUACAAAACGGCUGA